CCUCAAUAGUCAUCCUCCCACACCUAUUUUGAAUUCCAGAUUGAAGAGAGAAAACUCUCUUCUCUCGCCAGUGCUCUCCCUUUCCUUCUUCCUCCAUUAAAGCCAAAAGAAAAGGCCAAUCCAUUUGAAUACCCUAUUAUCUUACUCUCCAUUCAAGACCUUAACAUAUAUUUACAUCGACCUUUUACAGCCUCUAAUAAUUUAUAAGCACACAUCAUCAUCUUCCAGAAUCCAGACAAACGCGUCCAAACUCACCGGCUCUAUUUUAUAAACCGCCCACUGCUCUAGCUAGCUCCCUCGCUCAACCCUAAAAGCUAUUCAUUUCAUCACCAUCAACAAAAGUCAGACCACAACAGAACUCCACAGGCCCCAAAAAUGAUAGAUCAAGACAGACAAGGUGCAGGAGCACCCCAUGGAGUUCUACUGGUAGUUGUCGUGGUUCUGGUUAUAUUCGUUCCCUUCUUUCUCGGGGAACAAGGUGAGGCCAUAACUGAAGGCAUCGCAGAGCUUCUCAGCCCCAUCGGCCUUCUCCUCCUCCCCAUCAUCCUCCUCCUCACCAUCCAGUUCUUGUCAUCGCCCCAUGGCUCCUUUGUCUCAUCUAUGUUCUCCACCGGAGAGCCGGACACUAUCCACAGGGUCAGUGGCUCUCCGGUGGGCGUCGCAUUGUUUCUUCUACUUGUCUUGUUUCUUCUCUACAAUCGCAUAUCGAUCUUCGGUGGUGGAGAUGACGACGAGUGAUUGACAUGUACCACGAUCGAUCUGGGAUUUAUGUAUUUUGUAUACUAUACUUGGCCACGUACUUUUCAUUUCUGUAUGAAUGUGAGUUAGGGUUUCGUUUGUAAUUAGAGUGAAUUCCCAGGCUAAGACUGGCACUUCUGGUCCUGGAUGAUUAUAGGAGGAUAUUUUGGUGAUGUAUGAAUAGUUAGUCGUUGACUGUAGCAACUGUCGGUGCACAAAGUCGCGUGUGACCAUUUGCAGUAAACAUUUUGUCGACAUGGUUAAGUGGUC